AUGGCCAUAGAAACAACUAGUCCCAUUGUUAAACAACAAGAGGAAGAUAGUAGUGUAAUGGAAAUUCCUAUUAGUAUUCACACAACUCAACUAGGUCCUCAUCAACAAAACUUUUCAUCACAUCCAGACGAAGAUUUAGAGUUGGAAAGGAGAUUAUCAACAGAUGCAACAUACUUGCCAAUCAAACAGCAACAGCACUCAUCAAGACUCGAACAAAUCCUCAUCAAACGAUUAUUGGCCAUGCACUGGACGAAAGGAAAGGCCACAAAAACGACAACGAGAAGGAAUUCUUCACACACGCACGUUGAUAGGGAAGAACAGAAACAGAAUGCUCGUUCAUUGCACUACCGAAAUGUUGUUCAGAAAAUAAGGAAACAACACCUGAAUAUGAAAUGGCUCAGCAAGUUUGAAUAUUUGGUGUUGAGUAUUUGUGAUUCCACCAAUUCGAAUUGGUUGGAAAAUUCUGUAAAUAGGAGUGUAUAA